AUGAUCCUGUGGGCGCUUCUGUGCAGCUCCUCGACGCCCUCCUAUUCGCCCUCGUGUUUGAUGUACGUAUCACAGUCGACGGCUGCACGGCGAGCGUUCCUGGAACUAGUCGCGAACGAUGCUGCCAACGCUGCUCGACAGUCUGCAAAACCGACAGGUACGACGCCUGUCGGACGGGUUCCCUUUUGUCGGCGUUGCAUAUUGGCUGCUGCCAACCCCGCAUUUUGCUGCAUGGCAUUGGCGUUUUCAAGAACAGCCAAGCUCCAUGAGCUACCCCAGUCAACGAUGCGCCCGCUCUUCAAAUGGCCGUGA